CUUCAAAAACCUAGUCAGGAUUCAACAUAUUAUUUGUUAGGUUAGAUAAUCCAUCAGAAGCGGCGAAGAAGCAAGUCGUAACCUCGACUUACUAUUUCUUUCGAUUCGAUUCCCCUAAAAACAUGACUACUCAGAUUAGCAAGAAGCGCAAGUUUGUCGCCGAUGGAGUGUUUUACGCAGAGCUGAAUGAGGUGUUGACAAGGGAGCUUGCUGAGGAUGGAUACUCUGGAGUUGAAGUUAGGGUUACUCCUAUGCGUACUGAGAUCAUCAUCAGAGCCACUCGUACUCAAAAUGUUCUCGGUGAGAAGGGUAGAAGGAUUAGAGAGCUUACUUCUGUUGUUCAGAAACGGUUCAAGUUUCCUGAGAACAGUGUAGAACUCUAUGCUGAGAAAGUUAACAACAGAGGUCUUUGCGCCAUUGCUCAGGCUGAGUCCUUGCGCUACAAGCUCCUUGGAGGCCUUGCUGUUCGGAGGGCUUGCUACGGUGUUCUCAGAUUUAUCAUGGAGAGUGGGGCCAAGGGAUGUGAGGUCAUUGUGAGUGGAAAGCUCCGUGCUCAGCGUGCCAAGUCUAUGAAGUUCAAGGAUGGCUACAUGAUAUCCUCCGGUCAUCCUGUCAAGGAAUAUAUUGAUUCUGCUGUUAGACACGUCCUUCUUAGGCAGGGUGUGCUGGGUAUCAAAGUUAAAAUCAUGCUCGAUUGGGAUCCUAAGGGCAAGCAGGGCCCUAUGAUCCCAUUGCCUGAUCUUGUCACGAUCCACCCUCCAAAGGAAGAGGAAGAGCUAAAAGAAAAACUGUAUGAAGCACCCCUUCCCCCAGCCAAUAUCGAGGUUCCUGUGGUGGUUUAGAGCCAAUAUUGGGUUGCCCCAAAUAAAGUCUAAAUGUAGUAUUUUGCUAAGUUUCCAACUCUUUAGAUCUUUACAUAUGCUAAAUACCCUUACGAAUUACUGUUUUGUGGGUUAGCCUUUGUUCAGAGGAAUUUCGCUUGCGUUUUCGUAGUA